AUGGCCAUCCACGGUGGGGCAUCCUGCAGGCUCGCUGCCGUGUGCUUGUUGUUGCUCGAGCUCGCGCUGCAGGGUGGUGCCGGUGCUGCGGAGCCGCUCGUGCCGGCGAUGUUCGUGUUCGGGGACUCCAUAGUGGACGUCGGCAACAACAACUUCAUUGAGAAGUGCGAAGUCGACUGCAAAGCCUACUACCCGCACUACGGCGUGGACUACCUCGACCAUGCACCCACCGGCAGGUUCAGCAAUGGCUACAACCUGGCGGACAAGCUAGCACAGGAGCUUGGCUUUGCCGAGAGCCCGCCGCCUUUCCUGUCCCUGUCGAACGCGAGCCAGUGGAUGAGCACGGGCAUCAACUUCGCGUCAGGAGGGUCGGGGCUCCUUCCUAAAACCGGCAAUGGACCAGUAAUGUGUAAGCAAGUUCUGUCCAUGGCUGAUCAGGUCGGGGACUUUACGAAUCUUGCUCGACUGUGGGCAAGUGGUGAUAACAGGUUAGCCGAUCUCUUAUCCAAAUCUCUCUUCUUCAUCAGCGCCGGCAGCAACGACCUGUUCGAGUACAUCGAUAUAGGCCCCCAAACCAACGACACGGAACUAUUGCAAAGCCUCGUUGCCUCCUACGCAGCCUAUCUGAGGGACUUGUAUGGCGUUGGGGCAAGGAAGUUCAGCGUGGUGAGCACGUCGCUGGUGGGUUGCUGCCCGUCGCAGAGAUUCAUAGCUCAUAAUCCCCAGGACCCCAAGGCCACCGACAAGUACGGGUGCCUCGCCGCGCUGAACAACCUCUCCAGCCAGCUUUACCCCAUGUUCGCCACCAUGCUGCAGGACCUCAGUGGGGAGCUGCCCGGCAUGAACUACUCCUUGGUCGACUCGAUCAAGAUGUCCGAGUGGGUAUUGGAAAACCCCUCCACGCCUAGCUACAACUUCACAGUGCUCGACACGGCGUGCUGCGGCGAAGGGCAGUUUGGCGCGUCCGGGUGCAACUUCUCGGCUCCCCUGUGCCCGAGUCGCAGCAACCACCUCUUCUGGGACAAGUACCAUCCGACUGAAGCCGUGUCGCAGAUCGCUGCGAAGAUAAUAUUCGGCGGCAACGGGACCUUCGUCCACCCGGUCAACGUGCAGCAGCUGGUGGCGUCGGCGGCGUCGCGGCCAUGA